AUGGGUUACCUUGAGAACAGUACUGAACUCAUACAUCGGUGUAGCAAGAACCAAGUCGGCAGUCUUUAUCAUCAGCUGACCUGUGGGGCUCGAGCAUUCGAUCUUCGACCGGCGUGCGCUGACAGUGAGGUGGUUGUCCAUCACGGACUCCAAGUCGUUCAUGUGCCUUUAAAGUCGGUCCUUGAAGAUGCAAUGAGAUGGGCAAAAGAAAAUCCCGAGGAGAUCAUCUUUGUUCGUCUUGGUUUGUAUGGACCGGAAACCCCUGAGUGUAAGGCUAAAGUUGGUCCUAUUCUGUCCGAGUUGAACUUGAUGGAGUCCAUCGGCAGUCCUACUGUACCCUGUAGCAAGCUAGACGGGAUGACCCUUGGAGGUGCUAAGAAUGUCUCUAAAGUACCUUCAGGUGGUCAUGUCUUUGUCUACGAGAGGGACUGUGGGGACGACCACGGUGGCGAGCAUUGUCACUCGACUGACUCUGAGGGGAAGUGGUCAGUUCACUGCUAUACGCCGUUUGAUGCUAGCCGUCCCUCUGAGAAGGUGGAGGCCUUUCUCGAAUCGAUACGGCAAAUCUCACGACUGACUCCCAAGGGGUAUAAUUUCUUGACAAACGAGGCACACUGGCAAUACAACUUGGACCAAUUCGAAGGGGUCCGUCUGGCGUCUUCCAGCCUCAUCAUGGAUGAGUACUUCAGCCGAUUGAACCAUUUCCUAGUAGAUGCUAUUGAAGGCUUGACAAACAUCAACAUGCUCCAAGUCGAGAACGUCUGCGACCACGGCCUUGAAUUGAACGCGAAGUUGAGAGAGCGCGCUGUACUGCUCGGGAAAGAGUACCCGAAGGAGCGGACUGUUGUUGCCUGA